AUGAAGGUGAAUACAGAAUCACCAGCUGAACAGGAAUUACCUGUAGAUGUAACAGUCGAAAGUAUCCCACCACAAUCUCUGUCCACGUCAUCUUCAUCCAUUCCAUCUGCUAACGUAAAAUAUGAUGAACUGGAACCAAGCAUGUUGGAUAAUUUACCAUCACAUCAGAAGCAUAUAAUGGGUAGAUUGGACAGCAUCCGUAAAAACAAGCAGCGUAUUCUAUCUACGUUACGUGAACUUAAAGAGAAUACAAAAGAAGGAGAGUUUCCAAAUAAAGAAAUGAUGAGUAAAAUGAUUGCAAGCUAUGAUGCACUCAGUGCACAAGAAGAACAAUACGUCCAAUUAAUGCAGAAAAUUGUUAGUUUACAUAAAAAUGCAGCUGACGAUAUACAACAUGAAAAUGAAAGAAACAGCGAAAAAUUGAUACGGAAUGAUAGUAACACUAACGAACUGAGGGAGAAUACUGGUGAAUCAAACCAUAAAUUAUCUGAUGAAGCAAUCAAUAAUGAUCUAGAAGAAAUGAAUAGUGAAUUAUCAAAACUAGGAGUUGUAACAGGAAAAGCAGUUGCCGUCUCGAUCAUGAAUGAUAAACUACUAGAAACAUUACAAUUGCAUCGUGAAAAGAAGGCUACGCUAGAAGAACUACAUCGAAGAAAACGAGAAACUCAAAAAGGUAUAGCAGAUGAGACAUUGCAACAAGUUGAAACAGCUCGCUUGAAAGUUGCAUCGGAACUAGAACAAGUGGAAAGAAAACGUAAAACGUUGGAGCGAUUGCGACGUGAAGCACAACGCCGUGGCAUCAAAUUGGGGCCUGGUUCAGCAUCAGAGCCGGAUAUUGUUGUUGAACCACAACCGGAACCAAAAUCAGUUACUGAGGCAAAGUUAAGGGCUAAAUUACAAGCAAAGAAAAAGCAAAGUACUGAAUUGGAAGAUGAUAAUGGACCGCCAGUACCGGAUGAUUUGGCACCGGCUGAGCGAAUUCCACCGGUUUUGGAAAAUGAACAAACUGAAAUUGAACAGCAGCAAGAAAUAAAAAGAAAAACCUGUGAAGUAGUAACUGGUAGUGGUGGAGUUGCAGGAAAAAAAAAGAGAAAAGGCAAGAAAGGACGUGAACAACAGCAAGAACAACUGGUGAAGAAGCAGUCUGAUACAAUCAAUUCAUCUAUACGCGAAAAGCUAGCUACGAUUGCAGCACGUAAAGAACGUAUGCGAGAAAUACGAGCAAAAUUAGUACAGCCUGUUGUAGGGUCUUCUGAUAUGGAUGAAACAUUUCGUAAUGCUUUGCAGCAAUUAAAAAGUAUAACUGAAAUGCGAAAACAGUUGGAGUUAUUACAUGAAAAAGGAGCUAAAUUGCCGGAAGAAACGGCUGAAUUAUUAGAACGUCAACUGCAGGCCGAAGAUGUUAUUAGUCAAAAUGAAGCAGAAAUGCCUGAUGUAGUGAGCAUGAGACAGAAUUCUGAAACGCCAUUCAAGGAAAGUGUUGAGGCCAUGGAGGUAGUUCGUAACAAUUUUCUGGAAGUGAUGGGACAAAAAUCAGAAUCAGUUACUGGUGUAGGUACUGGUGCCGACUUAAUAAGCGAUGACCUUUCGGAUGAUUAUCAUCUUACAACAGAAGAUAGUCAACGACUGAGAAAUAUUGAACAGGCGCUACAAGAACAACGCCAAUUGCUCGAAACAAUUGCUUCUCAAAGUCAUCAGCAUCAGUCAUCAUCAUUUUCAAAUACGGCAGAAUCAUGUCAGAUAAAAAUUGCUACUCUCCGGAACUGUUUUCUCACCGCCGCACCACAAUUAAACAUACGCCUUGGGAACAUUUUGUUGGACCUAGCAAAAGGGCAAUUGGUGAACGAUUUGGAUUCUGUCCUUGGAGAUCUACUUAGUCAGACCAUCAACGACAGACAACAUCUCGAUGAGACUGAUGAGCGUCAAAAUGAUGCAAAUGAUGGCGGUCGUGAGCCAGCAUCAGUUGAAUCCGAAUCACAAGAAACAACAGAGUUGGUCAAAUUUAUUUAUACCGAAUCAACCGGUCGUUUCGAGCGUAGAUUUAGUCGUGAAUGGACACCAGAUGAAGUUUCGAAAUUCGAACAAGCAAAACGACAAUUAUCUACUGGUAAAGCAAAAUUAAGAAAGCAACAAACUUUGGAAAAAAUACGUAAUAGGACUGAAGUAGUGGUUGAUGAACAACAGCAACAGCAAUCUAAGAAAUCAGAUAUUGAACAUGGACUAGAAAAUGAUAUUUGUAUGAUUAUCGACGGAAUUUUGCCACUCAUUCGACAGCAUAGCGAGUUAAUUGCUAAUGAUGAGUUUAUGCGACAGCUGCGCGAUGAACUGCUGCAACAGGCGUCUAUGGUAUGCUUUCCUGGCGAUGCCGCUCCAACGGAUCUCUUUCGCAGUCAAUUGAGCACAAUUAUUGACGAUACAUUAUCUCAGUAUGUGGGCAGUAAAGUGGCGGAAGUGAGGGAAGAACUCAUUUUUGAUACUUCUGAAAUUUUAUAUAAUGAAUUAACUUUCUUCCAAUUAAUGUAUAACAUUGAUAAUUUAGCCGUUUAA